AUGCCAGCUCUUCUAGGGAACUGUCCAUGUUUAGAAACUCUAGUCAUUGAGGGGGGUCUCAUGCACGAUGAUGUGACGUAUAUGUGCGGGGGUGGUUGUGGCUGCUUUUAUAGGCAGCGCAGAGGACCUUCACUCGGAUGUUGUCCAGUAAAAGUGGUGAAGAUUCACGGGUUUCGAGGAACGGUGAAAGGGAUGGCAAUGCUAGAGCUUUUCUUGGACUAUUUGCCAUGUUUGGAGGAGAUGAGGGUCUAUGUUCAAGAAGAGAAUGAUAGUCCUACUAGAGAGUUAGAAGAAAACCAUGGAGUUUCUAAACGUGUCUUGGAGAUGUUCCAACUUUACAACAAGUCAUCGAGAUCGAGAUGCAAUGUUAAAAUCAUGGUGGGCGAUGUUCUUUGCGUAUGA